AUGCGUGCCCUCGACUACAGAUUGGAAACGUUUGAUGAAGAGAAGGAAUGGAUCUACAGACUGACCGGCUUCCUUUGCAGCUUUUUGGCCUGGGGUUUUUGUUUAACCGUAACUACUAGCAAGUUCUGGCGCCUGUGGAAGUUCGAGAAUCCAGCUGUUCAGCUUGUGUACUUUGGACUUUGGGAAGCUUAUUAUUAUCAACUAGCUAAUGUCUCUGGUUCACUCACUAAAUCCCGGAUGUACAGCCCCAUCAACUCCAGCUGGGUCAUUCCGAUUGAAAUGGAGUAUAGCCAGGGUCUGAUGUUAAUGGCUAAUUUUAUGAUGCUUGUAGUCCUAAUUUUCAGCUCAGUGGCUAUCAUGGUCAGCUGGAUCGAUGCUCCAUUCCCGGAAUACAUGGAAUUGUGCUACAACGCCUCUAUCUUAUUUCUGGUUCUUAGCAAUAUUUGUGUCAUGAUUGCUGUAAGCUGGAAUGAAAUCAUGGAAAGUUAUGGCCAGUCAUCUUUUGAUUUUCCUCCCUACUUUCCAGUUAAGAGAGAUGCCCUACUGAAGAAAUACAGCACCCAUGUCUUCCCAGGAGGAAUUCUGGUAUGCACCCUUUCCACCUUUGCUAUCAUUAUGUACCGCUGUGAGAUAAAGGUAAUGAAAUCUCAGUGGAUCAAAGUGCCCAUGUACCCAAAACUGUUUGCCCCUCAGAAGGAAUGA